UAUUUUGGAUUGGAGUUGUGAGCUCACUAGUCAAGCAAUAGUAAGCUCAAAUUCAGUUCGAGAGCCAAUUUUGAACUGCUUGAGCUCGACAAUGAUCAAACUUGACUCGUUUGCAGCCCUAAUACCUUCUCAUUUUAAUUCUUGCUUUCAGUUUGCCAUUUUGUUAAUAUUGGUUCUCAGAGCAUUUCUUUUGCAGGUAAGCAGUGGAGACAAAAACCAGCGUAUGAAAGAGGCUCUUGCUACAAUGGGAGCUUCUGUCUUCAGCGGAAUCAUGCUAACAAAGCUAGUUGGAGUAAUUGUUCUUUGCUUCUCAAGGACAGAAGUCUUUGUGGUUUAUUUCUUUCAAAUGUACUUGGCACUGGUACUGCUUGGUUUCUUGCACGGGCUUGUAUUUUUACCUGUUGUAUUAAGCGUGUUCGGUCCGCCUUCAAGAUGUGUACUUGUGGAGAAGCAAGAAGACAGACCAUCAAUUUCUGCACAGCAAUAAGCAAUCAUCUGUUUGGUACAUCAGAUGAGAUCGAACCGUCCAGGUGUCACCUCUAAAAGCUUGGCCUCACAUUGAGACGAGAUGCUAUCUUCUGACCCAGUGAUUUGUCCGCCUGUGAUCAUAUCAGAUCUCAUGUGUGACACGUUUGUCCGAUAAAGCAUCAACCCAUCGGCAAAUGAACCGCUCUUGCCUGAAAAUGAUUAGAUGAAAACAAAAAUAUGUUCAAAUUGUACUAUUAUAUGUGGUGGAUUCAAUCUAAGUCUGGAGUUGACUCAAACUCUAUUCAAACUUAUAAAGGCCAAUUUGUAAAUUUGA